UAUCUACUAACCAACAGAUUCAUUUCUGUUGCAUUUUAGUAGCUAUAAAGUAUAGAAAGUAAAAAAAAAGUACCCGACCGUUUCGACCCCGAGGAAGCCCUCAUGACCUCGAAGCACACGAUAAGUUAAACGAGCCAUAUCAAACACAUCAUGAGGACACAUAUGUAUCCACUCCAUCGCUUCACUUCUGGAAAUGCUGAAAAGGAGUAGAAAAUGGGAAAAGAUUCGAGAGCUUUAUUUUCCAUUAGAUUUUAUCCAAGACAACUGAGGUUUGCAUGUCGUCCUAGCUAGUAAUUCGAGCUACUUGGUAGUGGAAGCGACCAAGUUUGUUACCUGUACUGAAAUAUAUAAGGAUGAUUAAUACAUGAUUGUUUGGUAUUUUGUUGAAUUUUACUUAUUCAAUGUAAAAUAUUUUUGUGGUGGCAUUUUUUUGCAGUGUCAUUAUUUUAGUUGUGGAUUGGAAUUAUGUCGAACUGCAAGCUCUUUAAGGGAAUCAUUCUAUCAUUUAGAGCGUAGAAGCACUCAAGACAUCAUCUUGUUAUCUGAUUGGAUAAAUUAUUAUAAAAUUUACUAA